UGAAGCUCCAAACUCUCAAAGCGAAACCUGACAGCCAGAGAAGACCCAUGGAGGUUGAGAAAGCAGAACACGAAAAGGAGACCGAAACCGAACAUGCCAAUUCAUUCAGUGGAGGCUGCGAUAUCUGCCAGCAGCUCAUUGACCGGUACACAAAGUCUACGGCGCCACAACACCGCCACCUCAUCGCCACGGCCAUGGCCAUGCGCUCCAUCCUCACCACCGAGUCCCUCCCACUCACUCCAGCCGCCUAUUUCGCCGCCACAAUCACGGCAGUCGAAAAUGCAUCGUCUGCUUCUCAGACACUAGACUCCACCGCCGUGGCUGCGCUCCUGUCGUUCCUGGCCAUAGUGCUCCCGUUGGUGCCACCGCAGGGGAUUGCGGCUACUAAGGCGAUCGAGGCUAUGCAGGUUCUGGUGAGCCUGCAGGCAAGGGAGAAGGAGGGAUUGGCUAUGUUCACUGUGAGGGCUGCAGUGAAGUGCUUAGGGACUUUGGUCGGGUUUUGUGAUUUGGAGGAUUGGGGCUCUGUCAAAUUUGGUUUCGAAACAUUGCUCAAGUUCUCCGUUGACAGACGCCCCAAAGUCCGUAGAAGUUCUCACGAUUGUCUUGAGAAGGUUUUUAAGACAAUCCAGUGCUCAACUGUUAUCAAGGAGGCAAGCAAGGUUGUACUUUCUAUGCUGAAAAAUUACAUGCCUUUGGCAAUUGGUUUGAGUAGUUCGACUGUUGGUACCAACGAUGAUAUAUUAUCAAAACCUCAAAAUCUGGAAGUCCUACACAUGCUAAAUGUACUAAAGCUUACUGUGCCUUUUCUCUCUGUGAAAGUAAAAGCAAAAGUUCUUUCACAAGUACACAAGCUUUUCAGUUCCCAAUUCUCAGCACUUACAAGGCACAUUCUCAAAAUUAUUGAAGCGUGUUUUGAAACCUCAAGAGUUCAUGUCAUUGCUCCUGAGACAGAAAAAAUUCUAGUAUCUCUUUCUUCUUAUGUAUCUUUGGGAGAUAAGAUCCCCUUGGACACAGUCAUGGCUGCAGCAAAUUUGUUAAAACGCUCUUUGAACAUACUCCGUGAUGGAGAGUCAAGCUCAUAUGUUAAGAAUCUUCCUCUAGUUUGUAAUUCACUUGCGGGUCUUCUGACUUCUGAGGCUAGCACAGCUGCACAUGCUUCAGUUAUUCUAAAACAGCUGAUUAACGACCAUGUGGAUCAAGCAAGUUUGGUGAUUGAUGAUGGAGGACAGGAGAAAGUGGAAGCAAGUGAAGUAAAAUCUAUCUGUUCUAUCUUUGAGAAUUGCCUUAGCACUUGCGAUGGAAAUCCAAAUGAGCACAUUCUUGCAGUAAUAUCUGCAUUGUUCCUGAAACUAGGAGGGAUCUCAUAUUACUAUAUGAAAAGCAUUCUGGCCAAACUAGCUGAUUUGAUGACCCUUGCUAGUGGCAGCAAAUCUAUCACUCACCAUCUUCGAAAUUGUAUAGGAUCUGCUGUAAUUGCCAUGGGACCUGAGAGGAUACUUACACUUGUGCCUAUAUCCAUUAAUGCUCAUGAUUUCUCAUGUGUAAACAUAUGGUUGGUUCCCAUUUUGAGAAGUUAUGUAGUUGGAGCAUCACUAAAGUACUACUUGGAGCAUAUUGUGCCUCUUGCGAAAAGCUUUCAGCAUGCCAGUUGUAAAGUUGAAAGUUCAACAAUUGGGCAAGAUCUACAGUCUCAUGCCCAUGCCCUGUGGGGACUGCUCCCUGCUUUUUGUCGCCAUCCAACUGAUAUGUACAGAAAUUUUAAACCUUUGGCUGAAGUUUUUAUUAAAUUUCUUAAGGAGGACUCUUUUAUGCACGAUAAUGUUGCUCUUGCAUUACAGGUUCUUGUAAACCAGAAUAAAAGUGCACUGAACCCAAAAAUUGAUGCUGAUGAGUCCUAUGCAGUAAGAGAUUCUCCAAUAGAAUUCGGCAGUAUACCCACUUAUUCAAAGAAAACUGCAACCAAAAAUAUCAAGGCUUUAGUUUCAUAUUCCACUGAGUUGCUUCAGACUCUAACAGACUUAUUUAUUGAUUCAUCUCCUAAAAGGCGCUCAUAUUUGAAGGAUGCCAUUGGAUGCUUGGCUUCUAUUACCGAUUCUUCCAUAACAAAAAAGAUCUUUAUAUCACUGCUUGAGCGUUUUCAAUUCAUUGAUGGUAGGGGUGAAUUUGGAAAAGUGGAGAGUCAAAAUGAAUUAGUUGAUACUGAACAAAGAAUGGAGAAAGAUGCUCAAAGAUAUAUGAUAAUGGAGCUUGCAUCUUCUCUUGUUGAGGGAGCCAAGGAGGAUCUUAUUGAUCUAAUCUAUAGGUUUGUUAAGCACAGCUUUCAGGCCACUGAUGGGAUUGAAAGUCAUGAAGCAUGUUACACAUUGAGCAAAAUGAUUAAGGAACAUGAUUGGUUUUGCUCUUCUCGAUUUGUUGACGUGAUUGAUUUGUUAUUCGGCUUGAAAUCUCCUGUUGACAUAGCAACUCUAAGGAGUCGCUUUGAUUGCUACCACCUUUUAAUGGUUCACGCAUUGAAGAUAAACUCAGAGGAAGAGAAUACAAAGGCUUUUCUCAUUCUCAACGAGAUCAUACUUACACUAAAAGAUGCCAAGGAUGAAGAAACAAGGAAAGCAGCAUAUGAUAUCCUCCUGAAGAUAAGUUCUAGCUUAAGGGACACACCAUGUAUCAGUUCUGAUUCGCCUUACCAAAAACUACUAAGCAUGAUAAUGGGCUAUCUUUCUGGUGCAUCACCUCAUAUAAAGAGUGGAGCAGUAUCUGUGCUAUCUGUGCUUAUAUACAAGGACACAGAUAUUUGUCUUUCAAUGCCUGAUCUUGUGCCUUCUCUUUUAUCGUUACUGCAAGGAAAAUCUGUGGAAGUUAUAAAAGCUGUCUUGGGCUUUGUGAAAGUGUUAGUAUCUUGCUUGCAAGCUAAGGAUUUGCAGAGUCUUCUUUCUGAUGUUGUCAAUGGAGUUCUUCCAUGGUCAUCUGUUUCGAGGAAUCAUUUCAGAUCAAAGGUCACUAUCAUAAUGGAGAUUAUCUUAAGGAAGUGUGGUUUUCCUUCGGUUGAGUUAGUUACUCCAGAAAAAUAUAGAAAGUUUAUCAAGUCAGUUGCGGAGAACCGCCAUAACAAAACAGGAUCUGAGAAUGCUGCUGUUACUGAAACAGAAAGAAGGCAUCAGAAGAGGAAAAGCAAGGAAUCGGGUACCACAACUGAGAAAAUAAGAUUCAUGAAACAUACAAAGAGAAAGGAGAAGAAACUAAAAACCAACAACCUCCCUAGCACAAAUGAGCCUGGUAUGUCUAUUAGAGGAGGUGAUGGACGAAGGCAGGAUUUCAGAAGUAAGCAUGCUAGCAGGAAAAUAUCUGUUAAUGGUCAAACAGAAAGAUACAGAAACGCAAACAGGAGGAAUUUCAAAGAAGGGCCUACCUUUGGUGGAAAGAAAAAGAUGAGAACAGACAAGAAACAUGAAGCAUCAGUUCAUAGACCAGCUCUUGCUUCCAAGCUUCACAAACACAAGAAGAUUGGCAAGAGCUAGUAGAUUAAAAUCGAUUAUGCAGGGUGACUAAUAUGCUAUUCUGGUAAUGUUAUGGCGGUGGGAUUCCAUUUGAGAAGUGAAGUGAUCUCUAAAUUUUUGCCUGCAUUCCUUUCUUUCUGAAUUGGAGAUUAGGACAGGUAUGCGGCUUGUUGGGCCUAUUAGGAUGGCAGGAUAAGAUUUCGUUUUACUUUCCCACUCUUGGAGGCAUUGAAAUGGAGUAAAGGGGGAGUAAAGGGCUAGUCUGGCUUAGUCUGGUUAAGCUUAGCAUAGAAUAGUUGGUGUUGAAAAAUGAGAAGGAUAUACUCCACGACUUUGGUUCAUCGGGGCGUGCUGAUCUUCGUCCUCUGUCUUUUUGGUACUUCUAAAAUGUAAUCUAUAUACAACAUACUUUUCUUUUUGCAGAGUAUAUAGAACAGUAAGGAAAAAGAGUAAGCUCAAUUAGAUCACUGUAAUUUGUUUUAACUGCCUUAUUUGAUCUCUACUUGUCAAAAUUUUUGGUUGGGUCUAAUUUUCUUAAUUCUACUUGCGGUUAUUUGCUUUA